CUUGCCAGGGGGAAGCCGCCAGUGGACGCAGUAGGUGCUCUUCUCCUCCUUCGGCCCAGAGCCUGGCACACGUAGGCAUACCACUGAAGGGAACUGCCGAGGAAGAGGCGCGGGGCCUCUGGGGUGCGGGUUGAGGGGCCUUUGAGGCAGCUCUUGGACCUAACAGCAGCCUGGACCUGAGGACUGACCAAUCCCGGGAAGAGCCAAAAGAGGCGGCGUUGGUGAAGGACCCGUUGCCAUGGGAACAAAAGAAGGCCUGAGGCGGGCGCAUGCGCAGACCAGAGAACGGGUGCUGAACCGGUGAAAGGUGACGUAAAAGCGCGCGGGGUGGGGCGCAGGGCUCGGAACGUCAAAGCCCCGCGUCCUUCGGCACCCGGAGAGAAGGGAAGGCACGCGCGACGGCGACGACCGCAGCUCCGGCAGGACCGAGACCGGGCGGUGCGGAGCGGACGCGCAAGGCGACGCGAGYAAGGCGGGAGGGCGGCGCCCGCGCCCGAGAAGACCCCCUCGUCACGAACCGCGGCUGCCGGGACCCCGGUCCCCGCUUCCGAGGCCCCGCCUCUCGGGUCUUGGGACUAAUCGGAUUGAGAGCGCGCCGGCCGGGGCCGCGAACUCGCCAAUUGCGAAGGGAGGCAGCCACCGCCCAAUCCGGAGCAGACAGGUGCGAGGUCCGGAAGGCACAAACCAAUCGGCUGUAGUUGCGACCUGUGGGGGCAGGCCUCGGCCAAUAAGGAAGCUCGAGUGACGUCUUUGAGCGCCAAUAGGGAGUGACGAAGCUUGCGUGCCCGCCCACCCUUCCGGCCGGAGCUCUAUUUACCAGGGGCGUGCAGCGCGUCUGCCAAUCGGAGCGCGGCUGAGCGGCCCGGCAGCCAACCCCGGAGGAGCGGCCGGCUGGCGUCCGCCGCACCCAGGAGUUGGGGAUGUCCUACAAACCCAUCGCUCCCGCCCCCAGCAGCACCCCCGGCUCCAGCACSCCUGGGCCAGGCACCCCGGUACCUACAGCCGGAAGUGUUCCAUCGCCGUCGGGCUCAGUGCCAGGAGCCGCUGCCCCUUUCAGACCACUCUUUAAUGACUUUGGACCUCCCUCCAUGGGCUAUGUGCAGACGAUGAAGCCACCUGGUACCCAGGGCUCUCAGAGCACCUACACGGACCUGCUAUCCGUCAUAGAGGAGAUGGGUAAAGAGAUUCGGCCCACCUAUGCUGGGAGCAAGAGCGCCAUGGAGCGCCUGAAAAGAGGCAUCAUCCAUGCCCGGGCCCUGGUCAGAGAGUGCCUGGCAGAGACAGAGAGAAACGCUCGCACGUAACAGGAAGCACCUUGGCCUCAGCGUCUGGACCUUUCCGGCCACUGCAGAGCACCUGCUUCUCCCUGGCCUUUGCCCCAAGUUGCACCUCCUAUCCUGGGCUUCCUGUCUUGUCCCUUGGUGGGUGCCCUCCAGGAACCAGGGAGCGACUUUCACUCCAGUGGGCAACGCUAACUGGGCUCCUCCCCCUGCAAGAGUUAGCUGCCAGGUCACUGUGAGUCCCACCCACGACCUGCCAGCAGCAGUGUUGGUCCCACUGGAGCGUUCUCCUUUCUUGGCCCCCAUUACUCUGCACUUACUUCUCACCACUUUGUCCCAGGCCUUCUCUUCCAGAAGGAGCUUAGAAGGCCUGUCACCUCCCUGCCUUGUCUCUGGGGCCAUAUUGACUCUUUUCUCAGUGUAUCUUUUGCUAAAUAUGCCCUUUUUAUAUAAAUAAAAAGAUGAUUUGGAGUUGUUCUCUCAGCU